GCUCGCUCGCUCGCUGCUCAGGUUUUGGACGAUCAAAUAUCCAAACUUGCAAGUUAAACAUCAUGUUUAAGAAGUCCUUUGAUGUGAAAUCCCACCAACGCUUGUCUGGAGCUGAUAAGAAGAAAUUAAGGAGAACUGUGAAGGACAAGUUCCCGCAUGCUUCAGAUGCUGAUCUUGAUCUCAUUCUUCCUCCAAAGGCGGAGAUUGUAUUAGCGAAGUACCCAAAUCGUGCACAUGUGUAUAGCAUAGAAGGAGGGUUUCCAAUAUUCUUUGAUGUUGAUGGACGAGGAUCUGAAAUAUAUCCUACAGUGUAUGCGCUAUGGAAAGCUCCUGAACUUUUACCUUGUUUUCUGCUCAAGGGCGGUGAAGUAUCUCGGUUUGUUAUUGGAGGUGCUGAUUUGAUGUUCCCUGGCAUCAGCAUACCUCCUGAAGGUCUGCCUUCAUUCUUGGCUGGGCAGCCUUGGGCAGUGAAAGUUCCUGGAAAUCCAGCACCAAUUGCAGUUGGAAGCACCACAAUGAGUAGUCAAGAUGCACUUAAAGCUGGUUUGCGUGGAAAGGCUUUGCGGAUAACACAUUAUUAUCGUGAUUCCUUGUGGGAAUCAGUCGAUGUUUGUUAUGUUCCAAAUGGAGGAUUUCUUGAUGAUGUUGUUAUUGAGGACCCUGCUUUGGUUUCAGCUAUGCCUCAAAAUGAUUUGAAUGACACACACUAUGUCACUGUGAAGGAAGAUGAAGGGGACUUGCAUGAUGUUUCAGAGGCAAAUGCUGAUGUUGUUAUUGAUACAUCAGCCUCUGCUGACAUGCCUAAUGUCUCUGAAGAAAUAGCCACUGAUAUGAGUGGAUUACAUGUAACAGAAAAUGCUGCUGGUGAAGAACCUGGUGUUGAGAAGGAAACAACGAGUUUGUCUAGUGAAGAUGUUGAUUCUCUUCUGGACAAAUGCCUUUUACAAGCUCUACAUAGAAGUGUCAAAGAUAAAGACCUCCCCAUGCCUGGGAGCACGCUAUGGUCAAAUCAUGUAUUACCUUGCCGGCCUUCAGGGAUCACUUUGGACAUCAAGAAAUCAUCUCACAAGAAACUCUCCAAGUGGUUGCUGUCAAAAUCUUCUGCUGGGCUGAUAUCAGCCAAGGAAGACAAGUAUAAGAAAGAGAUUGUGUUACUGGCUAUUAACAGAACACAUCCAGACUACACAUCCUUCAAACCAGAGAAAAGAUCGACAGAGACUAUUGAACCAAAGCAUGAGACAUCAUCUAGUGAAGGCCUUCGGAGCAGAUCGCUGUUUGAGGUUGUUGAGAUUUAUAAAUCUAGUUCACAUGUUAAUCCAAUCUUAACUUCUGUUGGAGCUGAUACUGGAAAAUAUUUUAGUGCAUCAGAGGCAAUUGAUAUUGUCUUCAGAUACGUGGAGAACGAGAAUUUGGUCAAGCCAACUGACAAGGCAAUCGUGGUUCUUAAUGCUAUACUUUGUGAUGCUCUUUACAAGGGGACUAUCAAAAAAGGUUCUAGUUACCCAACUGAGAUUCAUAAGAGGGAUUUGGGAGUAACAUUUUUAAAUCGCAUGCAAGUUCACUACAGAGUAUCCAGAGGAAAUGAAGCUGUGGUGCGCAAAGGUGUGGUUAAACCUGUUCAAAUAAUGAGUGAAAGGCGACAAGGUAACAAGAAGGUGACAAAAGUGUCAGGAUUGGAAGCUUUCUUGAUGGAUGCUGAGUUAUUGGCUUCUGAGCUCCAAAAGAAGUUCGCAUGUAGUACAUCUGUUGCAGAACUUCCAGGUAAAAAAGGUCAGUAUGAGGUGUUAGUUCAAGGUGGUGUCAUAGAGGAUCUUGCGAAACACCUCAUGGAUCAUUAUGGUGUUCCAAAGAGAUACAUUGAGGUGCUUGACAAAACCAAGAAAUGAGAAGCAAAGCAUGAUCAAAAUCAAGGUUCGAGUUUCAUAGCUGACUUAUGUUCAUGAGGCUUUUACUCAAGGCUUCCUCCACCUUGAGGGACCAUGCACAUCUUCUCUUCAUCAGAAUGUACUCCCAAGAGAUACAGGACUUUGUCCCGCUCAGCUUAUGCUCAUUGAAUUCCUUGUGUAAAAUAAAGUAUGAAUAUGUCAACAUUAGAAAGUGUUCAACCAAGUUAUAUAUCUUGGUGUAUUAGAAUUAAGGAAAUAGGCCUGAUAUAAAGCAGAGCGCACUUGACAAUAAACUUGAGGCUGUUGAAAGUUGAAUAUUCUGGUACUUGUAAGAUCA